AUGGAAUCGGCUUGGACUUUUUCUCAACACAGACUUAGGGAAUCGGCUUGGACUUUCUUUCGAAACGGAUUUGAAUCAGCUUGGACUUUUUCUCGAAAUGGACUUGUGGUAAAGAAUCAGCUUAGACUUUUUCUCAAAACGGACUUGUGGAAUCAGCUUGGACUUUUCUCGAAACGGACUCAUAGAAUCGGCUUAGACUUUCUCUUGAAACAGACUCGAAUCAGCUUGGACUUUUUCUCAAAAUGGACUUGUGAAUCCGCUUGGACUUUCUUAAACGAACUU